AUGAAAAAAUUCACCUUAAUAACAUUCAUUCCUUUCCUCUUGUUGCUGGCAACUCAUCGAGGGGAACCUUUAUACAUCCCAAGACAUAACCCCUCGUCAGCAUCCAUACAUUCUAAAUUACAAGAAAAUGGUUGUGCUAAUAUACAUAAUAAAUUCAAAAAUGCUGGAACCAAAGAAGGUCUUCUCUUUCCCUUUUCGGAUUUAAAAGCUUGUUAUGAAUCUUUCGCUUUUGAUAAUGAAAGAAGAAUUGAUACCAUCGAUACCAUGAAGAAAAUUUUCAACGGAUUCUAUGUGUUUACCGAUCAAGCGAAGGAACAACCAAGUCAAGGGUAUAACUAUGAAGCGAUGGACAUCAUAAGUGAAUUUGAUAAAUUGAGUCAAAAGGAAUAUGCAACCGAUUUUGAAUUCACGAUGGAUGCUACUAAUUUGGUUACCAAAUUAAAAGAUCCGCAUACCUUGUUUUUCCCAAUAUGUUACACGCGGUUUAUUUUCACGCAAAAAAUCUUGUUAUAUGCUAAAUUAGAAGAUGAAACGCAUAAAAUUAAAGUUUUCAAGGACAGCGCCGAAACAGAAAAUGAUGAUUGUGAAGUUGAACAAAUCGAUGGUGUCGCGGCUAUCGACGUCAUCACGGAAUUUGCAAGUGACAAGGUUUUUGUUUCGAAAGAUCUUGGUGUCAGAUUAAACAUGGCAUUACCAGCUCUUUCGUUACAACAAGGAACUUAUCAACUUCACCCUAGAUCCGCUCUAUACAAUCUGCGUACCACUUUACCCGAAAAAGAAACCACAACGUAUCAAUUAAAAUGUGGGGAAAAUACUAAAACUAUAACGCGUAAUUGGGAAGCUGCUAUAAAUAAUCUUGAUGACCUUGAUAAAUUCACCGAUGCCAACUCUUAUUGGGAAAGUCUUUGUGCAAAUCCAUCUUCAUCUCAAUCAAAGUCAUCGAAAAAACCUAAGCAAAAUACUAAAUCAAAAAAAUCCAAACAACAAAAACACAACCCUAAAAAGCCCAAGGUUAACCCUUUCCCUUUUAAUGCUCUUUAUAAUGCCGAUCCAUUUGCAGUCAAUUCGGAAGUUUUGAAAGAAUUAAGUCCUUCAGUUGAUGUUGGAAAACCUGUUUUUGAAACUAUAAACGCUCAAUUUUAUAUGUUGGAAAAUGAUGUUGGUGUUGCCGUACUUGCAUCUAAUGAUAUUGGACCUGAGAUUUCUGAUAUCACCAUCGCGAAUUCAUUCCGAGACUUGCAAACCGGUUUCAAAACAUUAGCCGAUAACGGUGCCAAAAAGCUCGUCCUGGACAUGUCAAAUAACGAAGGGGGACUUAUUGUCAUUGCUCAUUUCAUUAAUUUGCUUUUAUUUCCUGAUGCAAGUCCGUCAUCACCAUCCAAUUUUAGACUUACCGAUAUCGUAAAGAAAGCCAUUGAAAAAGCAGGCGAUAACAAUAAUUCAAUUUUUAACUUUAAUGGAUAUUUAACCGUAGAUGAACAAAACUUCAAUAGCGCAAGUGAAUUUCUUGAAUCAAAAUUCAUUGAAAAUGAUAUAGGUUUAGUUGAUGAUCCUGAAUUUGCCAAAGAUCUUUCAACCAACGUUAUGGUCACAUUUUCCAUAAGGAGAGCUUUUAGUGUCGUUAACAAUGAAGAAGUUCUUGAGUACGCUUUUAAACCUUCCACGCAUCAUAUUUUCUUUGAUGAAAAUAGUAUUAGGGAUCCAAGUAAAUUGUGGUCUCAAGCUUCAUCUCUGAUAAACUCUUAA